UUGUUAUGAAAUUAUAAACUUAGUUAUAGAUAAACAUUUCUUCACACACAAAAAAAUGAACCUCUUUAUGAAUGGAGUGAUUGUGAAUACAGUGAUUGACAGUCAUUCACUGUGCAUGAAACAGAGAAACAAAACAGCACUGACCUCCUGGCUCUGCGUAAAAAGUGCCGUCACACACGGAGCAGAGGAGAGAGAGAGGGAGAAACCUUCUUUUAUCUUUCGCUUCAUUAUAUAAAUCAAUAUUUAAUGAAUCAAACUAUCAUUAAAUUGUGUAAUCAGGGCUAAAUUAAUGACAUUUAGGCACAUAUACAUACCAAUAGCAGGGAUCAGCUCAGACACAGAGCACACAGAGGAUGAGAGCUUCCAGACUGCAGCUCCGCCUCACCGCUGCACAAAAAAAGCACAGCAGUCAGCCAGAAGCCAAGUAACAAGCAAGCAGAAAAGGCGGACAGCGCCAACUUACCAUACAGAUGCACCACUGACCCGACGAGCCACCAGCAGAGCAAUCCGUCCCCUGUGUUGCCAGCUACAAGCCAGCCACACAGCAGCCGUCAGCUGUGCUGUGGCUGUAACAUGGAGAAACCGUGUCACCAAACGCACGUAUUACGCACAGAGGAGACCAUAGAUAGCGCGCAUUACCUGUAGGUAAAGAUGUGCGCUGUUGUGUCUGCCACGCCACACAAGGAUCCUGCCACGCCAAAUAAAAGGCUCCACCACGCUGUGGCCACCUCAGGAGAUAAGCGGGAGGAGAUAAGGCAUGCGAGGUGUGGCACACCUGUAUUAGUAAACACGCAGGUGCCGCCCUGCGAUCAGAGUGCUGGCAGAGAGAUAGAGUGCCUCCUGCCACAUCUCACGUACCCCUAUGGAUUUUACCAAAACUGGUGAGCAGGAAGCUGUUCGCUGUGACACAAGGGCUGAACUCUUAAAGAAAGGCUGCAGGAGAGAAGAAAUCAUCUCCCCUGAAAAUCAUGCAAUUGUGGAACGGGAUGAUUCUCUAUCUGGCUCGUUAACCCAGCAGGAACCGAUCCAGCUGAGACCACAGAGCAUGAGCCUCAGUCUGAGGCCAGGGCUCCCACAGACCUUCAGAGUUUACUUUAAACGUGUUCAGGGUUACCCUGUGGAUCUUUACUACCUGAUGGAUUUGUCUUUCUCCAUGAAGGAUGAUCUGGAAAAUGUGAAAAAAUUAGGAAAAGACCUUUUCAAAGCUCUGAAGAGAAUCACUCGAUCUGGUCAAAUUGGGUUUGGAGCGUUCGUGGAUAAAACCGUCCUCCCAUACACCAACACCAACGAGCAAAAGCUGAAGACACCAUGUGACGAGGACGCCCAGGAUUGUCAGGCUGCAUUUGGGUAUAGACAUGUACUCAGCCUGACGCCAGAUGAGAAAGAUUUCGCGAGGGAGGUGAACAAGCAGCGGAUCUCUGGAAACUUGGACAUACCCGAAGGAAGUCUGGACGCCAUGAUGCAGGCUGCCGUGUGUGGGGAUAAAAUUGGCUGGAGGAAUAGCAGCACACGGCUCAUCGUCCUGACCACCGACGCCGGUUUCCACAUGGCUGGAGAUGGAAAACUGGCCGGGAUUCUGGAGCCGAACGAUGAGCAGUGUCACAUGUUCAACAGCAUUUACAGGGAGAGCAGUCAUAUGGAUUAUCCAUCUGUGGGACAGUUAGCAAUGCAGCUAACAAAAAAUAACAUUCAGCCCAUUUUUGCAGUAACAAAAGAAGUGGAGCUCGUCUACAAGCAACUGUCUCAACUGAUUCCUAAAUCAGAGGUCGGCGUUUUGUCAGCUGAUUCUGAUAACGUGGUUCAGCUGAUCGAAGCAGCGUAUAAUAGGUUGUCAUCCAAAGUGACUCUAACUCACGAAAACCUGCCUGAAGAUGUCAGAGUUGAAUACAGACCGAUAUGUUCCAACCCUGGGCCAGCAGGGGGCAGCCAAGGCAUCUGUGACAGUGUGCCCGAGGGGCAGGAAAUCUCCUUCGAUGUGACCGUUACGGCAGACUCGUGCAUGAAUGAGAAGUCGUUCACUAUCAGACCUCUGGGAAUCAAAGACACUCUGACCGUCACUUUAAAGACUGAGUGUGAGUGUCGCUGUGAAGAGCCGCUUAUAAUCAACAACACCCACUGUUCAGGUAACGGACAAGUCACCUGUGGGAUCUGCAGCUGUAGGGAAGGCUUCGUCGGUCAGUUCUGCAACUGUUCUGUUGGAGACAAGGACGAGGCAGCGCUGAGAGUUUUGUGCAGGAAGGAGAAUGGCACUGAGUGUGGGGGCAGAGGAGACUGUGAGUGUGGCCGCUGUCAGUGUCACGCCACGGAUAGCGGAAGCACUUUCUACGGAAAAUACUGCGAGUGUGACAACGAACACUGCGAGAAGUACCAGAACAAACUGUGUGGAGGAAAUGGGAAAUGUAUCUGUGGGAAGUGUGAGUGCAACCCGGGCUAUGAGGGCUCGGCCUGUCAGUGUGAGAAAAAAGAUGACAAAUGUCAAACGGACGACAAAGGAACGGUGUGCUUCGGCAGAGGACGGUGUAAGUGUAACCGCUGUGAGUGCAACGAGGGCUAUCAGCUCCCAAAAUGUCAGACCUGCCUCGGCUGUCCCGACCCCUGCCAGACCAAACUGAACUGCAUCGAGUGCCAGGGCUUUGGGUUGGGGGCGUUUAAAAAUAACUGCAGCGUUGAGUGCACAAAUGUUACAGUAAAGCUGGUUGAUCAGUUCAGCUUCCCCACCAAACAGUGCCAGCAGAAAGACUCUGAAGGCUGUUGGAUCAAAUUCAAGCUGGAGCAGCUAAUCGGACCAGACCACUACGAAGCCGAGAUUCUGAAGGAGAGAGACUGUCCAAAACCUCCAAAUGUCUUCGCUAUCAUUGGAGGAUCGCUGGCAUUGGUGGCGCUGAUCGGCAUUUUGAUCCUAAUGCUGGUCAAGACACUCAUCUACUUCAAGGACCUGAAAGAGUUCAAGAAAUUUGAGAAUGAGAAGAAGAAAUCAAAGUGGGCAGAGGCUGACAAUCCCCUAUUCCAAAAUGCCACCACCACUGUGGCCAACCCUACCUUUACUGGAGAAUAACCACCAGCCUUAAUGGAGAGUAACUACUAACCAACCUUUACAGGAGAAUAACAACCUUUGGACUUAACUUUUACAGGAAAUUGACGUUCAUACAUUUUCCUUUAUAUUAGCUUACAUUGUAGGAAUAUAAAUUGCAGAAACGUGUAAAUUGCUGCAUGCAUGGUUACUCUUCCUGUCUUUUUUUUGCUUAUAUAUUCUUGUAUUACAUGUUGACUUACAUUUUUAAAAUCAUGCUUAUUUAUACUCAUUACAGUUCAUAUAGUACAUUUAUAUAAGGGGUUUGUAUUCAGUCCAUCUCUGUGACGGUAAGGGUCACAUACCCAACACAUUAAACUUUGUUUAUAUUUCUUCCA